UCGAACUCUCCCCUUUCCGUGGUAAUACCUCAUUCUUUUAGGCUUACAGCUUCUGCUUCUUUUUUCUCUCGAUUUUCUCUCAACAACACCCCAAGAGUUUUCUCAGGCCUGAGACUGCAAUGGAGGUCCAUACUUUCGACACAGGAGGUAUUACCAACGCCGACCCUCCACCGAGCUUGGAGAAAGUAAUCGGCCCAGCGGAGGAGCAAGCGGUGGAUGGGUCAGCAGAUAUCCCGCCCCCCGCACCCAGCUGGCGAGCCGUGGUCUGGAGAAACCGACGAUAUUUCAUUGUGCUCCUGGUGCCUCUCAUCCUGUGCCCAAUCCCCAUUGCCAUCAACGAUUCAAUCGGCUACACGGCCUACAGCAUCCUGAUCAUGGCUAUUUUCUGGUGCACGGAGGCGAUCUCUUUGGCCGUGACGGCUCUCUUACCCCUCGUCCUCUUCCCGCUCUUCGGGGUCAUGCCGGCCAAGGAUGUCGCAGUCAACUACUCCAAAGACGUCAAUAUACUCUUCCUCGGCGGCCUGAUUGUGGCUGUGGCCAUAGAGCAUAACAAUCUGCACCGAAGAAUUGCUCUGGCUGUCUUGAUACUAGUGGGAUCCAAACCAAGAUGGAUGAUGUUAGGUUUCAUGCUCAUUACCGCGUUCUUGUCCAUGUGGAUUAGUAGCACCGCCACCACUGCCAUGAUGUUGCCGAUUGCGCAAGCUGUGCUACAGCAACUUAAAAAGGAUAACUUGACACAGAAAGGUGACAAUGCCAACCAGGGCCGCAGUGAUAGAGAUACCAGAAGUGGGCGGGCCCACGGAGACAAGGAAGGAGAGGAAGCCAUUGCCAUGGAGGAGGUUCGGGUUAGGGGAAGCACUGAUGUGCAGCCUCUGGAUACCGACAACUUCAGGCUGUUGGAAAACGACAAGCAAGAAUCCCGCUACAAUUUCAUUUGCAAAGGCAUCAUACUGUGCGUACCCUAUGCGGCAAGCAUCGGCGGUACAGCCACGCUGACAGGCACAGCUCCAAACCUUGUACUGGCCGGUCAAGUUAGCAGUUUGUUUGGGUCUGAGGCUGAGAUCGACUUCGGUGAGUGGAUAAUGUAUGCCGCGCCUGGUAUGCUGCUCUGCCUGCUUCUGAGCUGGAUCUGGCUGCAGAUUGUUUACGUGGAUCGCUGGUGCUGUAAGAAGCUGGGCCAGGAACUCGACCACAAGGGCGCCACCAAAGUCAUCCGUCAGGCCUACAAGGACCUUGGACCCAUGUCGUUUGCCGAGAAGGGUGCUCUUGCGCACUUUAUCUUGCUAAUUGUGCUGUGGAUCAGCCGUAAACCAGGCUUUGUGACUGGCUGGUCUGUGCUCUUCCCAGAGGGAUACGUGACCGACUCGACCGCAGCGAUAUUUGUCGCCGUUCUACUCUUUUUAUUUCCUUCCCGGAUGCCCAAAUUCUUGUGUGGCCGGAGCUCGAAAGAGGAUUUGGAGGAAGAAACAGGUCCAUGCCCGGCCCUUCUGGAGUGGUCGAUCGUUCAACAAAAGAUGCCUUGGCUGGUGAUCAUCCUUUUUGGUGGAGGCUUGGCGCUGGCUGAAGCCUGCAAGGUGUCGGGUCUGUCGGCCUUGAUCGGCGAAAGGUUCACUGUGCUGGAUAGCUUCCCUCCCUUUGCUAUCGCGUUAGUGGUGUCCGUCAUUAUCGCUGCCUUCACGGAAGUCACCAGCAACACCGCUACAGCAACCAUCUUCCUUCCUAUACUCGCUAGUUUGGGGACGAGUAUCGGCGUCAAUCCACUGUUCCUGAUGCUACCUGCCACCGUGACCUGCUCCUUCGCCUUCAUGCUGCCAGUAGCCACGCCCCCUAAUGCCAUCGCCUUCGCCUACGAGCAAAUCACUGUCAUGGACAUGGUGAAGACGGGUUUCAUACUAAAUGUUAUCUGCGUCCUCGUUGCCAACGCCAGCAUCAACACACUGGGCAUGUGGAUCUUUGAUGUGGGCACGUUUCCCGAUUGGGCAAAGGUCAACGUGACAGCAACCUAGUAAUAUGAUAUCAUGACCAGCUUCCUGACCCGACGACGACAUUAGUUGAAUCGACUACGAGAUGGCCUUUUAGCAACUAAUUUUUGUAAUGAUAAAUCAAACGGGGUUGAUGUAAACAGCAUCGCCAUGGUAGUUUUAAACUGUUUAAAUCAAACCUUAUAUACACAGACGCUUGAAGUGUACCUAAAUACAAUAUAUCAAAUACAGUCCAAACACAAAUACACGACGUACCCUGUUGAAAGUACAACCGUCCAGUUGUGGAUAACGUUGACAAAGUUCUUGGUACGACCAUUGGAUCAAAGAUUAGAAUUGUUAGUAAUUUUAUAGAUUAAUGAUUGAAUUAUUACUUUCCUGUGACAUACUGAUGUCUCUCUGAUUUCCCUUUCUUUUAUCGAGAUAUGCCUGUACAUUUGCAUAACCGUUGUUUAUUUUCUUUGCAGUUUUCGUCAGAUUUGUUGGUGUUGAGUGGACCGACUACCUCAUUUAUACACACAGUAACUCUAAUAGUUAACAUACUUGCAUUUUUUUCACUACCUUUUUAUCAGUAUACUCCCAUUUUAACGUGGAGGUAAAUGGGCUCCUUGAAUAACAUCGCUCUCAAUGGCAAAAAUGUCCACCCUGGUUUUAAACACGUCGAAUUAGCUUUAACUUCAAGCACAAAGAGACAUCUUUAAAACUGCUGGUAUUUACGACUUGGCUCGACCAGGCUUCGGACGGCCUCAGCUGGUUUCGGUUUACUUGCACGUGGACGCAAAUUACUCAUGGCGUUCUAAAAUUUUUGGCAUUUUUGGCAUGUACGAUUUUAAAGAAUUUCUGUGACUAACUUUCGUUGGCGAUCGGGUAAUUCAAAUUCAUAAAUCGAAGGGCCAAGGUUAAUGAGUUUUCUU